CUCUUCACUUUCGCUCUUCUGCUCUGCUUCCCUCUUCAUACCCUCGACCCUCGACCCUCAACUCCUCCUCCACCCACACAGCCAUUGUUAGCCAUGCAGUACAAAUCCACCCGUGGCAAGGCCACAAACUACACCUUUGAGCAAGCUGUCCUCGCCGGUCUCUCCCCCGACGGUGGUCUCUUUAUCCCCGAGUCGAUCCCUCAGGCACCCUCUGACUUUUUGACAAAGUGGGCAUCGCUGUCCUUCCAGGAGUUGGCCCUCGAGGUUCUCUCCCUUUACAUUGACGAGGCCGAGAUUCCAAGGCACGAUCUGAAGGAGCUUAUCGACAGAUCCUACUCGACCUUCCGCCACAAGAAUAUCACCCCGCUGCACCAGGUCAAGGACGGUCUCUACAUCCUCGAGCUGUUCCAUGGCCCGACCUUCGCCUUCAAAGACGUUGCUCUUCAGUUUGUCGGUAACCUCUUCGAGUACUUUUUGAAGCGCAAGAAUGCUGGCAUCGAGAACGAUGCGGACAGACACAAGAUCACCGUUGUCGGCGCUACGAGCGGCGACACUGGCAGUGCGGCUAUCUAUGGUCUCCGUAACAAGCAGGAUCUCGACGUUUUCAUCCUCUUCCCCACGGGCAGGGUUAGCCCUAUCCAGGAGGCUCAGAUGACGACGGUCCUCGACAGCAAUGUCCACAACAUCUCCGUCAAGGGCACCUUUGACGACUGCCAGGAUAUCGUCAAGGGUCUGUUCGCCAACAAGGACUUCAUGAGCAAAUACAACCUCGGUGCCGUCAAUUCCAUCAACUGGGCUCGUAUCCUCGCCCAGACCGUCUACUACUUCUACUCGUACUUCUCCCUCCUCCGCACACUCAACAUCACACCCGGAUCAGAUGAGGCCAAGAACAUCCAUAUCACCUACUCGGUUCCCACCGGCAACUUUGGUGACAUUCUCGCUGGCUACUACGCUCAUCAGAUGGGUCUCCCCACAUCCAAGUUGUUGGUCGCGACGAACGCAAACGAUAUCCUAUACAGAUUCUUCUGCUCGGGCGUCUGCGAAAAGAUUGUCGGUGAUGAUGGCGGUGUGCUCGAGACCCUCAGCCCGGCCAUGGAUAUUGUUGUGAGCUCCAAUUUUGAGCGCCUGCUCUUCUACUUGGCCCGCGAUGCUGCUGUCGACGCCAGCGUACCAGAGUCGGAGAAGGAUGUCAAGGCUGGAGAGAUCGUCAACGGCUGGAUGGUCGAUCUGAAGCAGAAGGGACGUUUCGAUACUGGUGCCCAGGUCCUGGCAGAGGCCAAGCGCAUCUUUGAUGCUGGACACGUUUCUGAUAAGGAGACCCUCGCUACGAUCCGCGAAUACAGCUUCCCUCAGGACGCCUCACUGGCACAAUACGUGAUGGAUCCUCACACCGCCGUCGGUGUCACUGCCGCACAAACCAUUGUUCCCAAGACCAACUCUCAGAACAUCGUCAUUGCGCUCUCGACCGCUCACCCCGCCAAGUUCUCGGAGGCGGUACAGAUGGCAUUAAAGGAUCAGGAGGGCGUUCUGUUUGAGGAAUUCUUCAAGAAGGUUUUGCCCAAGGAGUUUGACGGACUGAUGACCGCCGAGCGCAGAGUCACUAAGAUCCCAAGAGCUGAGGAGGCCCUUGUGAUCGAGGUCAUCGAGAAGCAGCUCUCCCAUUAAGACAACACCCAUUUAGACUCUCAGUAUCAGCUCCAAAUUGCAACACUAUAUAUAAAGCGAACUGAGAUGGCUCGUUUCAUUUCCUGAUUCAUGUAUACGAACAUGAACG